AUGAGCGAAAUAAAUGCAGCAAGCGACGACGAAGAAAGCUACUACGACGGCAGCUACGACGAGGAUUCAGAUGAUUUCAUAGACAUGGAUCAAGUGCUCCAACGGCGCUCAUCGCAGGCGCUGCUCGACGACAUGCUACUGCAGGAUUCGACGAAUGACGAGAUAGCUGAUGAAGACGGAGACCACGGUGCGCGGCUGUCGAUACUGCAGAUGCUCCUUCGCAAUGCACGUGCCGGAACUGGUCGACAUGUAUUCGUGAGCGACGACGGCGAUGGGUUAAUGUGGCAGGCGCGCAUGCCCGAUAUGUCACAGCGAUACGUCCCCACACCGUCAACUACCCAGCCUGAGGGAGUCAAGCUGGCGCAAAGUGGCAUGUUCGGGUGCACACGCACGCCCGUGUCCCUCCAAGGGAGCAUAAGGAAUCGGACACGACUGCAGAGUCGAUUACGGCCGGAAUAUCUCGCUGUUGUGCCUAACUCGAGUGGGUGUGUCGUCGCACGCAAUAACGCACCUGUCUACUCCGGCGAGCACAGCCGCGAUGGCCAGCUCUUUUAUACCGCCGACAGGAACUUUAACAUUAACGUUUACAAGCCUCAAGAGCCUCUGCGGGCACCUCACUCGGGCAUGCAGGGCGAGGAUGAGUUUUAUGUCGAGGAGCAUGAGACUACUAUGGGCUAUCUUGCACGCGUCUCCGCCAAUCCCUCCGGAUGGACUGUGACGGAUGCCAACCUGUCGCAUAACAAGGAAUGGCUGGUAUAUUCGCGCAUUUCGCCUGUAGCUCAUCUUGUCAACCUAAACAAUCCCGCCCAGCCUAUCCCACUGUCGUUCAGCGAUGACGGCGCAGAUGACUACGGGUAUGGUUAUGGAAUAUGGUCUGUGAGGUUCUCUAGUGACUGCAAGGAAAUAGUCGCUGGAGCUGCUGACGGCACAAUGUAUGUGUACGACGUCGAAGCGCGCAAGAAGCUCCUCUCGCUCGAGGGGCACAUGGCGGAUGUAAAUGCGGUUUGUUUCGCUGAUGUUUCCUCCAACAUCUGCGUGUCGGGGUCGGACGAUUGUGUGGCCAAGGUGUGGGACCGACGUGCAUUGACGAGCCACGCAAAGCCAUCGGGGGUGCUAGUUGGACAUACCGAGGGCAUUACGUAUGUGUCUCCGAAAGGCAACGAGCGAAAUGUACUCACCAACGGUAAAGACUCCUCUGUGCGUAUUUGGGAUCUACGGAGAAUGGUGAGCAGUGACGAUUUCGACGAUUCCGAUAAAGUAGCCCCACCGGAAAACUUCAGUAUACCAGGUUACGAUUAUAGGAGUUCAUUCACACCCAAACCCGCGUACGACGCUCAUCCACAGGAUCACUCCCUCGUUAGACUACAGGGUCACACUGUCGCGCGCACCCUCAUACGCGCUCGCUUCUCCCCGGACGAUACCACCGGUGGUCGCUAUGUGUAUUCGGGUUCAGCUGAUGGGAAUAUUUAUAUCUGGAACGUCUCUGGUGAGCUAGUGCAGGUUGUUGAUCGUAAGAGUGCAUUGGAUAUGGUGGAUGCGAGUGGCGAAUUUAACGAUCCUAGCGCACCUGAAGCGGCUGGUGCGAGUGUCAGAAAUACUUCUGCUCCUGCUUCCGGUCGCGCUCGUGCCAGGCGCCCUAUCGUUCGUGACGUCAGCUGGUCACCGACUGACGCGAGCUUGAUGAGCACGGCCUGGGAGUGGGAUGAAACGGGCUCAGUGGCCCGGCAUGAUUGGAAGGACCUCAACAAACUCAACUACUCGCUGGAGAGUUGGGUGGAUAUUGAGCGCGCAAAUGCCGAGUAA